AUGGCGGACAGCAUGGACGUGGAAGAUGCAGAAAGAACUACGGAUUCUUUACCUGGAAUCGGAGAGCUAAAAGCUUUUACUCAGGUGCUUAGAUUAAGUUUUCAGAGCUGUCUAUCGUUUUAUGGGUUUGUCUUUCUCGUUUAUUGAAUAUAUUCCGAGUCAAUGACUAUGAACCUAGCAUGGUUUGUUCACAGCUGAUUCGCUAGCAGUUGAAAUAGUGAAGUGUAAACAUUUAAGACUUUAUCAGUAAAACUAGAGCAAAAAAGGGGCUCGCUAAAGGAGGUUUUUUUACAGUUCAUUUUCCACAGGCUUUCGAGUCAAUCUUGGAAACGCGAUAACAUUCCUUUUCUUUAAGGAUCAUGCAAAAUAAGAGUAUCAGCUGUGCAAAUGGAUACUGUAUAUGUAAUAAAUUAUUAGAGAGUGCUUUGAGUUUCCAGUCUGUAAAGUGUUUUAAGUUUCAAAGUGACACAGGUUACACCUGCAUGUGUGUUGUAAGGUAGAAGAAGCAUGAAAAGGAAAUGGGAAUGUGAAAAUAUUUUUUUUGUUGUAUCUCAAGUGUUUAGAAUGUGUGUGUUGAAUGAAAGAUAAGCUUACAAUUUCCAUUUGUUCAAAGUAAAAUUACAUUGGAUUUUACUGCUUCUUUCAGGAAUCGUUUGCGUCUAUAGUGCAAGCCAUUAAAUCAGCUGGCAAUCUGCCAGCUGCAGGGGAAGACCAUGAUUUUUAUUACAGCUUCUCAGAUUUCAGAGAAUUUAGAACAGCUCAAGGAGCGAGACUUCUUAGCAAGUAAGCCACAAACACGGCAUGUUUAUUAGUAUGGCUAAUUUAUUCCAAAAUAUUUUUUUUGUAAUUGUGUUCUUCAGAAUAUUGUUGGUGUGACAUACAUAACUGCACCCACAACUCCCCCCUCCUUACAAUUUGAAUGACCCCAUGGGGGUAGAGAAUGAAGUAGAUAUAAUAGACAUAAUAAGUAGAUAUUUUACUGAAAUAUUUCUACCCUGUAAUAUGUCGUGAUUGCUUUCUGUUUGGUGUAUUGUAUUUCAGCAUAGGUAAUUUGCUUCGUCAUUGGAGAGUUCAUUGUCAGUGGCCAUCAGACACACAUGGUAUUGAACCAGAUGGUGAUGAGCUGCUUGAUAGUCUUGUGGAAGCAAAUGAUAUUAUUCUUGAAGGAGUGGUGAGUGUUAGAUUUAAGUUCUGAAUAUGGCACUAUUAUUUUUGGAAGUAUUUCCAAAUUUAUUUUCAGCAUGCUGGCUCUCUAAUACUGUAAUGUAUAUUCAUGGUAAAUUUAAAGUUUACUUUAGGUGAUAACAGUUAAGAGAUAAAUAUUGACCAACGUAAAAUUUGUCCAAAGAUGUUUUAACCAAAGGAAAAUUGGAAUCACAUGACUGUUAGAGAGAAAAGGGAGUGUCAGUUUCACCUCUUUAAUCAUCGGACAUUCAAAUUCCCUUGCAAACUCUGUCAUGUGGCUGGGACACACCACUGUACAGUGAUAUUCACCUUAUACAAUGUAAUAUAUAAUAUACACUUAAACAAGUGAAAUUAGUUGGGAAUAUCCAACCGCUCAAAUACAACCCCCUUUAAUAAACAGACUGUCUGUCAUGCUCAACUGUGUAAUCCUAAGCAUCUAAGUACUGUGUUAUUUUUGCUUGGUGCAUGCUUUAAAGUGUGUUUUGUUUCUCAAGGAUAACAGCCUUGAUGAAGCUGCAGGUCUUAAAAAAUCCACCAAAGUAACAAACCAAACAGUGACUGGCGCACCUGGCCAACAAGGAACACCUGUCGUGUGCAGUUGGAAUAGGAAAAAGGUGCUGAGCUGAGUCGAGAAAUUUGUUAUUUUAUUGUCAUUAUACUGCAUGUGAUAAGGGAGAAGUAAUAGCAGUCUAAACAAGAUGCCCUCGUCAUCAUCAUUAUCAGUCAAGUGCGUAUAACACUCAUUUGGGCUUAGGAAGGUCUUUCACUCAAGGUCUAUAAGUAACAGGUGUCCUCAUACAUUACAUUCUGUCUCCUGUGUUAGUCCUCAAUGUACAAAGUGAUGAACCAAUAGUUCAUUGGACCAGGUGAUGAAGUGGUCAGCCAGUUAGUAUAUGUAUUAUGCUGUUAUGCGACUCAUUGUUAAGUAAUGCAGCAGUACCAAGCCAUUACAGUGUAUAUCUUUUUCAAAUUAUAAGCUACGUCUCUUUGUAAACUUGCAGCAAAACAUCCCAGGAAGUAAGGAUUCCAAUAAUUUCCGUUUUUUAAUGGCCAAGAACAUUCAGCGACCACAACUGAGAUUUAAAGAUAAGAUUGACAACAGUAACACUCCUUUUAUUCCAGUCAUCAAAAGAAAACCUAAUGCACUGCGACCACUUGAAAUGGGUGAGUAUGAAAAAAAUCGAUGUGAAGACAUCAUUUCAGUAGAGCAAAUAUAGCGUAACUGAUUUUGAGGUCUAGACUGUGUUGUUUAUGUAAAUCAAGGUAGGAAACUGGUAACCACCCCUCUAGCUUAAAUUAGUAAGUUAUAGUGAUAUCAAUAUUAAAAACUAAUGCUUUUUGUGUUUAUUAACUGUUCUCCUGUUUUACAAGCCAUUUAUUAGUUUUGUUUACAUGAUCUACAUUUUGCAAUCUGAAUUUUCUUUGGCUGGAAAAUUGUCAAACCUGUUUGCAUUGAUUUAUUUCUGUCAUAGAUACUUUACCAUAAUAUGAGACCAAAGAAAACAAAUCUUAACCUGGUCUGAAAAUUUUUAAACCAAAGAAAAAUUUGAACCUUGAACAAUAUUCCACAUAAAAGGUUUCCCAUUACUACUACAGAGUGACAGAAGUAAGAAGUACAUACACUUUGUUUGUUAUUGAUUUUAGUGGAACAAAGUGCGAGCAGCAUUCAACCGGAGAAUCUACUGGUUCCAUCAGUUAUUGCUGAUUUUGUUCACCAGGAGAGAAUGAGAGGAGAAGGACAGAAUAGAUCUNUCAAGGUCUAUAAGUAACAGGUGUCCUCAUACAUUACAUUCUGUCUCCUGUGUUAGUCCUCAAUGUACAAAGUGAUGAACCAAUAGUUCAUUGGACCAGGUGAUGAAGUGGUCAGCCAGUUAGUAUAUGUAUUAUGCUGUUAUGCGACUCAUUGUUAAGUAAUGCAGCAGUACCAAGCCAUUACAGUGUAUAUCUUUUUCAAAUUAUAAGCUACGUCUCUUUGUAAACUUGCAGCAAAACAUCCCAGGAAGUAAGGAUUCCAAUAAUUUCCGUUUUUUAAUGGCCAAGAACAUUCAGCGACCACAACUGAGAUUUAAAGAUAAGAUUGACAACAGUAACACUCCUUUUAUUCCAGUCAUCAGAAGAAAACCUAAUGCACUGCGACCACUUGAAAUGGGUGAGUAGGAAAAAAAAGGAUGUGAAGAUAUCACUUCAGUAGAGCAAAUAUAGCGUUACUGAUUUUGAGGUUUAGACUGUGUUGUUUAUGUCAAUCAAGGUAGGAAACUGGUAACAACCCUUCUAGCUUAAAUUAGUAAGUUGUAGUGAUAGCGUUAUUAAAAAGUAAUGCUUUUUGUGUUUAUUAACUGUUCUCCUGUUUUACAAGCCAUUUAUUAGUUUUGUUUACAUGAUCUACAUUUUGCAAUCUGAAUUUUCUUUGGCUGGAAAAUUGUCAAACCUGUUUGCAUUGAUUUAUUUCUAUCGUAGAUACUUUACCAUAGUAUGAGACCAAAGAAAACAAAUCUUAACCUGGUCUGACAAUUUUUAAACCAAAGAUAAAUUUGAACGAUGAACAAUAUUCCACAUAAAAGGUUUCCCAGUACUUCUACAGAGUGACAGAAGUUAGAAGUACAUACACUUUUUUUGUUGUUGUUUUUAGUGGAACAAAGUGCGAGCAGCCUUCAACCUGAGAAUUUACUGGUUCCAUCAGUUAUUGCUGAUUUUGUUCACCAAGAGAGAAUGAGAGGAGAAGGACAGAAUAGAUCUAGUGUGAACUGGUAAGCAAUGAUAAUAACUUGCACAUUUACACUGUACUCUACAUCUUUUAAAACCUUAUGUAUGAUAAAUUUGAUUUAAAAAGAGAAUGAAAAAAAUUAAACAGCUGACUUAAAGAAGAAAAAAAAAUUCCCUGUUGACAUGGUAAUGACAGAGUGAAUGAUUACUGGCCAAAUUUAAGGAUAAUGAUUACCGUAGCCUUAAUGACCAACUAGCUAACCUACUGACAGAGCAACAGACAGACCGACUAAUUAACUUACCAACAGUAUACAGUCAAACCUCCACAAAUGGCCACCUUGCUACAACAGGCACUUUUUUGGGUCCCCAAGGUGGCCAUUGUGGAGAGGUUUAACUGUAUCAAGUUACUGUCAGACUAAAUGACGGAAUCAUAGUGACAUGACUGUUUUGCUGUCUCAUGGAGAUGGUAUUUGUGAUUAGUUAAAGUACAGGCAUCUGUAAGAAAGAAUAUUAAUAAUAUUUUUCCCUGAAUUCUUAACUCUUCUUCAACAUAGCACGGCACACCCCUAUCAGUAUGAACUGGAAGUAUUUGAACCAUCCAAGACUCAAAUGAAGCCCCACAAAGAGCAAGUAAGUAGUACAUGUAUUUCAGGCGUGAUCAGUAAAUUUUAACAACAGUAAUGGUGUCUUAAGCUGGAGCAAAGAAGCCUCCCUGAUAAUUGUCACUGUUUUGAUGGUACGUUAGGUAUGUGAUAAAUUACUAAUAAUGUAAUGAGUUUGUUUUGUUUCGUUUUUUUCAGCUGUAUGAGGUUUUUGACAAGACUCCCUACACUUUUGUGGAUACUCCAGAACUGCUUCAAGAGCUGAGUGAGCAUCUCAACGCAGUUACUGAGUUUGCUGUUGAUUUGGAGGUGUGUUCUAAAUGGUUUACAUUGCAUAGUAUUCUAAAAUAAUGUGUAACACACUAUAAAUUGCCAAACCAAUAAUAUGAUACUUAAUUAAUGUUGUUCCUUAUCUUUUAGUUAACCUCACUAAGGCGUUUCCUCAAAAAGCUAUAGAAUGUUGUAAAAUCAAUAUUAUGGUCAUUAAAAAGCUUAUGAAAGUGAUAACCUAAGAUUAAACCUUUGAAAAGUCUGAAUCUACCACUAAGCAACCCAUUAUACAAUGUACUGUAUGUUAUUGUACAGACUUAUGAAGAUGGAAGGGAAAAAAAUUCCUGAAACUUGUGAAUACUAUUAAAGAAAUGCUAGGUUAUUGCAUGACAUGUUGACAUUCUACUAAACUGUAUGUUUACUCUAAUUAAUAUUAUAACUGUCUGAAAUUAAGAUUUACUAAAAUUUACUUCUCUUUCUGCUAUUAGGCUCAUUCAUACAGAUCAUUCCAGGGUUUCUGUUGUCUCAUGCAAAUAUCCACAAGGAACCAUGACUAUCUUAUCGAUACACUGGAGCUGCGACAUGAGUUGCAUAUCCUAAAUGACUCCUUUACUAAUCCUAACAUACUCAAGGUACAAACAAAACAGUUAUCCUUAAUAUGUGUGCAGAAUAAUGUACGGCAAAAAACAUUACAUACUAUUAGAUUUUACAUUUUUUGGUUGAUAUCUGCAGAUCAGUAGCCAUGAUGAUAAUAUGUCAUUACCAGAAAAUUAUUUGAUAUUUUGUAUUCUCAGUAUGGCUGUGUCAGUGUUUGGUUUAUUUCUUAUUUCUUCGGGCUAGGAUACCGUUUAUUUUUUAGUGUAUGACAAACUUCUUUAAUUUUGUCAUGCUAACCUGAAUUAUCAUCAAUUAUUAUUAUCAAUUCUGGUAGGUAUUACAUGGGGCUGACAUGGACAUUGGCUGGUUACAACGUGAUUUUGGUAUUUAUGUUGUGAACAUGUUUGACACAGGCCAAGCUGCCCGAGUGUUAAACUAUGGCUCUUUUUGUGUUUAUUAA